UUGCAAACUGGCUCUUUUUUUUUUUUUUUGUCAACUUUAAUAUAAUUUAGCCGCAUUAAAACCAAAGAACCAUCCCUGAAAUGCUGCAGCAGCAGAAACCCUCAUGAAAUCCAUUUCACAAAACUGCAGCCACGCUGGAAACUCUUCAGAGACUCUUUGCACGUGGAUGGUGUUUAAUAAUUUAUUCAGCACAGGUUAUUAUAAAGAUAUUCCACUCAUAUCUUCUUUCUCACGCUCAAGUCAGGCGUAUUAUUGCAGAUUCAUCUGCGUAGCAAUUACAUCUUGUUUUGGGAUAGUUCUGGGCAUAACGGCCAAACUAUUGGUUGACUCUGGCACGUGUUAAGCUCAGAUCCGACUGAAGUAUUUAGCUCAUUUGUUUUUGGGAAUAACAGGCUCAUAUCAAGAGGCAGGGCUGCUGGAGUCACUCCAAGAAUGAGUGAAGCUGUGGUUAGUGGGGUGAGGAGGUUGAGCACCAUCUCGGAGCAGGACGGGGACGCUGAAGCGGAGCCCGUGUCCCUCGUGUCCUCAGGGGACAGUGAGUGGGCAGGAUCCAGUGCUUCGCUCUGCUCGCGUGGAAAGCCCAGCGCCCAGAGCAGCUCCUUCACCUCCUUUGAGUCCUAUCAGCCUGACGCAGCAGAUGACUGCGCCUCCAUCCUGCUGGCUUGCCUGUACUGCCGCUUCUGUGAUGUUAUGGCCAUGCUGCCUGACACUUGUGAGCGGGCGUUUGGCCGCUGCUUCCCCUCUUACAAGUAUUACAACACCUCGGAUGAGCCGUCCAAAGGAAAAGACUGCUGCAGCUGUAACGUGGAUUUUGACUGUGGUUUCAUGAACUCCUGUCAAGAUGCCAGUGAGCUGAUAGAGCUGGCGAUGGAGAUAUCUGAGGUCUGCUACCGCUAACAGCCUCUUAGCUGUCUGGAGAUCAGAGCAAAUCAUUCAGGAUGGAGAUUCUCCAUCGGUGCUCGAUUCCCGAUUCCACAUGGUGUGCGUUUCAAAACGAGACACAGUUGCUUGUUUUGAAAAAAUAGGGUAAAUUGUCACCUCUUCUUUUUGGCAACAAAAUAAAGCAUGUGACAGCAUUUUCAGGACAAGAUCAUGUAAUUUAAGGAAAGUACUGGGUGAAUAUAUUUGCGAUUCUUCUUAUGGGAAUUCGUUUUGCGUCCAUGUGAUGGGAUGUGAAAACUAAACCUAAAUGUGAACGUUUAACCUAUCCAUUGUGUAAAGCAUGAAAAAUG